ACAGAUGAUUACGAGUAUUAUUACGACAUUGACAUUUCAAAACAACCUCGAAAAUAUUUAAUUUUUCUUGAGUUGAUGAGAUUUUCUGAAACUUAUUAAUAAUGGGCAACUGGAAACUAGAGGUCGGUAGAAUGGCCAUGUACACAUCUUUUCCUGUAGGUCUCUUUUUCUUCUUCAACCAACCGACCUAUUUCGAGGAAUGGGUUACAAACACGAAGCGACAAAUCUUUCCACCGGAAAACAUGAAAGACAGAGAAGCUAUACAGCAACUCAUUAAAGAUAUGAGAAAGAAACAAAUGGAAGCAUUGGAAAAGGAAUAAUUGUUGGAUGUCGUAGUCAGAAAACGUAAUACUAAGGUUGUAAAUAAGGCGCAAGUGCAGUGUAGUGAUUUUAUAUUCAAUUGUGUUUGUUCAAAUAGUCUUGUAACAUACUGUGUGUUUACAGUACAAUUACUCUAAUGUUAUCUUUGUCAAUUUCAAGUGACUAUUGAGAUAACUUUACUUUCAGAUAAAAGGAUAUAAAAUUGAUAGAAGUAUGUGCGAACAAAUAUUUUAUUAGUAAUAAAAUAACAAAACUUUUAACUUAA